AUGGCGGUACCCAACGACUGGCAAGCCUUGUCCAAACCUGACCCUGAAUUUGCUCAAAUGAUCCAAGAUCGAUUUGGCGGCACGGCGCCUGGAUUCCCAGGAUUUCCAGACAUCACCAAGAUGCGGGCCCUCAUGGCUAAGUCGAAGCGUGCCAUGACUGAGCACCACGGAGGAACGUCCUUCGAUGGCAUCCAGGAGAAAGAUCAUCACAUUACCGUCCGCGAUGGAUCGAAUAUCGUUUGUCGUUCGUAUACACCAGAAUCUGAGCAUUAUGGUGGUCGACCGGUCUAUGUGGUCUUUCAUGGUGGUGGAUUCUGUUUGGGCGAUCUGAGCAACGAGGAGCUACUUUGCCGUCUUCUUUGCAAAGAGUUGGAUAUCAUUUGCAUCAACGUGGAGUAUCGCUUGGCGCCAGAGCAUCCGUUUCCGGCUGCUCCCAACGAUUGCUUUGAUGCCACGAAAUGGGUCUCUCAAAAUGCUUCGGCCCUCGGUGUGGACCUCAGAAAAGGCUUCGUGAUCAACGGAACUUCCGCCGGCGGCAACCUGACCAUCACUGUCUGCUACCAAUGGCACGACGAAGGCUUACAACCGCCGAUCACAGGCUGCCAUCUCAUGAACGGCCAUUUCGUCGACAAUGAACACGUCCCAGAGCGAGCUAAAUCUUGCUAUCAAUCUUGGUGGGAGCUCGCCGACGCUCCGAUCCUCAAUCACCGUUACAGCGAGGUCUUCAUUGGUCACUACCUGCCCGAGAAGAGCAAACGGGGCGAUCAUCUAUUCAGUGUGAUGCGAAGAGAGGAUGGGCCGAAAAUUCUACCUGCGGCGUAUUUCCAGAUCAGCGGUCUGGAUCCAGUGCGAGAUGAGGCUCUCAUCUUCGAAAGCUGGAUACGCGAGGCUGGGACGCCUACCAAGUUGACUUUGUAUCCAGGCCUGCCUCAUGGCUUCUGGAGUGUGUUCCCAACACUGAAAUCUAGUGAGCGCUUCUUCAAGGAUGCUAUCGACGGUGCUCGUUGGCUUUUGAAGAAGUGA